AUGCCAAAAGGCGGCGGACGUUUCUCGAAGGAGGUGGUGCAAAUACUAAGAAACUGGCUUAACUCUCACAAGGCGCGGCCGUAUCCUACAAACGAGGAGAUGGAGAUGCUGCAGCAACGGACUGGACUAAACAAGACCCAAAUUUUGAACUGGUUCGCCAACGCUCGAAGGCGCGGCAAGCUACCAAAGGCACCGUCCUCGCACUCGUCGCCCAUCACCUCGAGUAGACCAGUCGACAUCGCUCCAAGACCUGAUACUCCGGCUCCAAUGCGAAAUAUGUGCUCCAUGAAUCCAAUGGAAAGAUGGCAAUCUUCGCCACCGGAACACGAGCCAGCUGCCGCCUCAGCUAUCGCCCGUGCAGUCGAGUCAAACGGAGGUGUACCAUUGAUUGAUGGUAGUCAGUGCUCUUUUGACUACAGAGACAAUGCCGCGCAAUCGUGGUACAAUACAUCCUCAGCGAGCAGUGGUGGGACUUCAGCAUCCAGCGAAUUCUCAGCCGCUUCAAAGCGCUCUACUCCCUCGAGAUCUGCAGAACCUGUUGCGUACUCUCGCCCACUCCGCAAGCGACGAGUCAACAAGCAGCGUGCGCGCGUUCGACGGACAUCCCUGAUAAGCUCUCUGCUACCAUACCAGUGUACCUUCUGCACCGAAGACUUCAAUACUAAACACGAUUGGCAACGUCAUGAGAAAUCUUUACACCUUCCAAUUGAGCAAUGGAUUUGUACCCUACAUGGCCCCGAGGCUUUGAAACUGGACACUGGAUGUAUGUGCUGUGUAUUCUGCGGGGAGCCUGAGCCAGACGAUGCACAUCUCGAGACCCAUAACUACCAGCCUUGUCGCGAGCGGACACUUGAGGAGCGCACAUUCAACAGAAAAGAUCAUCUGAACCAGCACCUACGAUUAGUUCACAAUGUCCGGUUUGACAAGUGGUCAAUGAGCUCGUGGAAAGUGUCAAUGUCUAGCAUAAAGUCCAGAUGUGGCUUUUGUGGGCUCAAGAUCGAUACCUGGGAGGAGCGCAUCGACCACCUUGCAGGGCACUACAAAGAGGGCAAAAAUAUAGCAUGCUGGCAAGGUGAUUGGGGCUUGGAUGACCGUCAUCUAAGACUACUCGAGAAUGCUAUUCCGCCAUACCUGAUCGAUUACGAGCGAAGUACACCAGCUCCUUUUGGUGCAAGCAAGACCCCAUACGGGUCUCCCACCACAGCCUACGAGCUGAUCAAGAUUGAGUUGGAUCACUCCGUGCAAACACAUUUUGACCUGUUUGGCAUGAUGCCCGAUAAUGCUAGCAUGCAACUUGAGGCUUGCCGUAUAAUCUUCGCGUCCGAAGCCCUAUCCACUGUGCAGGAUGCGCGCCCUUCGUCGUGGUUGCGCGACUUGAUCAUGUCCAGCGAACAAGUCACAAAGGAAGCCAAGUUUGGGCCUCUCAGACUGCGUAACGAGUGUAGGUUCUCGACUCUCAAGAUCAACGGGCGAGAUAACAUAUUUGAGCUUUGUCCGCUCGAGAACCAGCUCUGGACAUUCGUCAGAGCUAAAGAAGCUAUUGGGGUUGCUUUAACAGACGAUAAGCUUCAAGAGGAGGCAAGUAAAAUCAUCGCCUAUAUGGAUCAGAUAUCCAAGACACCAUCUGAUGGGUUUGCAAACUGGCUGGUCAAGCUCAUAUAUGCAAACACGGACUGGCUCCAAAGCUUCAGAGUACGUGCCUGUUCCACUCAGUCUGGGCCUGUACCGGACUCAGGACCACAGGACGCAGGACUAAUAUUAGCCUAUCACUCUGCUCCGGUACUGCGGCCUCUUCCUUUACGAAUGGAGUCAAUACCUCCUCCUCCUGAGACAAAUCUUCCCAAUGUACAUAUAGAUCCAGCAACCUACCACCUGGGCCGGGGUCUGGAUACGCCGCAGGAUGAAGCCAACCUGUUCCCCCCAGCGUCAAGGAUGUUCAUCAACAGUGCCAACUUCUUCUCGUGGCUUGUCCGCGACCUUGCUCGUUGGGUGGCAGCAACCAUGUCUCCGAACAAUCCGAACUGUCACGUUCCGACUGAUGAGGAGCUUCAGCAUCAAGCCCGUUGUAUUGUUUACGAUGACGACGAUCCUUGGAACCAGACUGCAGCAGACAAUGCGCAAUGGCUGCGGCAGUUCAAACAAGACGUUGGCAUCCUCGACAAACCCAAAGAUCCCAACGAAGCGAACCUGAGCGGCCUGUACAUAUGA